AUGGAAACGCAGCAAUUUCGCCAUUUCAUCGCACCUAUCGUUAUGGAACCUCGCAGACCUCAUUUAUUAAAGCAGCGGUUGGUGAUAAAAUAUGCGCUAUCAUCAGCAGGCAGCGUUUUGGUGGUCAGUUCGUCGUACUGGUCAUUCCGAAGAAUCCUGCUGAUUUCACAAUGGGAUAUGAUUUAUCCAGAUCCGUCAAUGAUGUCAGUUAUUACAGAAUUUUUGCAACUAUUUAACAAAUUUCAUUUUAAACUCGUAAAAUAA